UCCAUGCUGGGAUCCAGGCUACCCCAGAAUGAUGUACAGAAAAUGGAGCCAAUCAGCACACCCCGAAUUGCCCCUUUGUCCAAUCAGGUUUCAGGGGCACUGAGCAAUGGCACUGCAUCUGUUGAAUCCGCUGCUCCGGUGCCUCUCGAACCUACCCCUGUGACUCUGAAUGAACCCAAGGAGACCCCCAUUACAACAACUCACUUGGACCUGAAGCCCCAACCUGACCCAUCCCCCAUCCUCGGUCGUCUGACCCAGCACCAGAAUGCAGCACUCCAGUCGGACCUGCCGGCUCAGGCCCGAGACCCUGCCCCGCUUCCCCCACACGAUGGGCCUUCUCCCACACUGAAACCCCUCUGUGAGCCUGUCGUCACCACAACAGAGCCGCCACAACCCAGAAACAUCAGACCACAGAAACGGAGAGCGCCACCUCCCUCUAAG